GCAGGUGGCGGCGAGCGGGCGGACGGAGGUGAGGGAGACCAGCCGCUGGUCCGGGAGCUGUGGUUCAUCGCGCUGAUGGCGGCCGUCGCCCUGCUGCUGCUCGCCGCCGUGUUGGGCGCCACGCUGCACAAGGCCCUGAACAGACCCCCCUUCACCAGAGAGAGACCCCCGCUGGUGGCUCUGCCCGUGAAGAAGAGGAACCCCAUGGCCGUGUAUCCAGCCAGCAACUCGGUCAUGUUCAACACGAUGCCCGACACGACCGGCUUCUCCAGCAGUGUAACCCUGAAGGGUUUCACCAUGAAGAUGGAGGAAGUGCUGGACGCUAAGUGCGAGGCGGCGGACGAGGUGACAGGUGAGCUGGAGAUCCUCAGCGUGGCCUCGCUGCGGCGCAGCGUCAGCCAGGUGAUGGACGGGAAGGCCGCCACGGGAGAGGAGGACGCGUGGGACCCCAACAUCUCGGGCCACGACAGCGGGAUGUUCAUGGACGACGAGGAGUUCGUGGACACCGUCAAGGGCUUCAGCACGGUGAGGAAGGAGCACACCAUGUUCACCGACACCAACCUGUGACCCCCCGAGGACGACCCCUUGACCCCCCCGUGACGCCGUGUGUCCGACAGGCUUCGCUCGCAGCGAUAAAAGUAACGCAACUCUGGAGUAACUAUGGCAACUGGGAGGAGGUUGUUUUACAGCACUGACAUAUGCAGCUGCUUUUGUUUAAGACCAAAGAAAGGCAGAUUUAUUCACUUUUAAAAGAGGCGUAAUUUAACUUUUUUUUUUUUGAUGGCGUAUUUACAUGUUGACUUGUAUUUGGAUAUUUUUUGUCGAUAAAGCAGGAAACCUUUUGUGAACUUGCAACGUCUUUUUGCACAAAUAUACAAUAACUGAGAUAAGAUAAAGCAUUAGUAGCUAUGCUUUGAUAUCAGUAUGUGGUAUAUAAAGGACAUGAAGCUGCUGGAGAAAUGUCUCUAUCAGUAAGAACAGUUGGUGGGUACAAUAUGGGAUAAAAAUACAAAGACAUUAUGACCUUUCACUAUUUUCUCUCACAGAAAGAAGAAAAAAAAAUCCACAGAAUUCUUCACAUAUGAAUUUAUUUGAAAUGAGUUGCAAUGCAUUGUGGGCAUUCAAAACACAUGUACCAUUACAGUCAAUAAUAUGGUUAAAAAACAACAACAAAACAUUUACAUAAUAAAUUAAUUUACUGCAGUACCAUAUGAGAGAAACAAAAAAAAAAAAACCACAA